AUGGAUGUCAAAGUUGUCGACAAAUGGGGUGAUCUUAUUCUUGAGGUUGGGGCUUCAUUGCGCGUUGAUCUGUCAAGUGAAGGAGACGGAGAGCAAUUUUCCGAAGUUGACCCUGAGCAGCAAUCAGACAGCGACAGCGACAGCGAACAACCCCUGGCGCGGAGUCUCAGACAAGAUAGAACACCAUCUCCGGACAGCAGUGUCGCCAUCACAGACAUUCCUCUGCGUAUCCUUGUGUCGUCCAAAGUCCUGACUAUGGGGUCCCUUGUUUUUAAGGAGAUGCUGCAUGGGAGCUUUGCGGAAGCGCAGCUUCACUUCAACCAGGUCGAUCCGCCAACAUUAUCACUGCCAGAGGACAAUCCCCGGGCGACACUGCUUUUCUGCGAGAUCGUCCACUGCAGCCCCAGCGUUCAUCACUUCAAAGGGUACAAGACUCUCCAUGAACUGGGUAUCUUUGCAGACAAGUACGACUGCACCCGCUCUUUGCGGUCUUGGUUUCGCGGCCAACUGUUCAGAUUCGUUGGAGCCGGCCUUGACUAUUUCGACAUAGACGCUCUUCUGAAUGAGGGCAUGAGUGCACAGCAGAUGCUCAAGCUGUGCUUUCUCAUGAACGAUGCCGAGAUGUUUGCGCUCGCAUCUAAAACGGUCUACACCCACGUUAGCCCGUCCGAGAUCAGUCCCAAACUCGAGACUCUGUAUGAGGAUGAAGUGCCUGAGCGCCUGGUUGACCUCCUAUGCUCUUUUGGACGCCACUCUAUCCACGACUUUGCCGGCAUUGGCCCCGCCCUUAUUGCGCAUGUCUCUCGGCAGCACAAAUGGUAUGGUUAUUUCGCUCCGAUUCCCUGUGAGACCACACAAGAGGAAGACGAGCUCGAUCACUCCCAGGUGACCGGGCUUUGCUAUGGGAACAUCGUCAGGAUCGGCGUCCUGGGCGCUACACUCGCUUCCCUGUCACUGUUGCCAUCCAACGAUCCCGAGGUCGACUCCAAGCGCUCGCCGGUGGCCAUGCUGCGCAAACUCCAACGUCUGGGCGAGAUUGAUUUCGGCGACAGGAAGAUGUGCUGUCCCAAGACUGCGCGCUGCAAUUGCGGCCACGAUCUCGACAUCAAAUUCGAGCUCGACAAGAAGAUCAAGGUGGCAAAGCAGAAAGCGCGUGGCAUUUGCCUGGGGUGCGUGAAGGAUGACACAGAGCCGAUAUCCGACUUCCUUCCCAGCCACAAUUCACGCUGUGAAAGGCAUGUGUCGUGGGGUGAAUGA